AAACUAAAAGCAGACUCUUUUUUUAGUUUAAAAGAAGUAUACUUAUAGCACACUUGAAUAAUCAUACUUUUCGUAAGGGAAAGGGUGUUUCAUUAGACGCCACCCGACAGGGGGUAUUGUAGGCACAGUCUUAUUUAGCAAGGGAUCAGUUAUUUGAGAACAGUAGUUGUUAGUGGUAUAUGGUGUGUCAGGAAGCUUAUUUACCUGCUGUUAUUCUCAUUAACAUGUGUCUGCUUGCAGUGGACAGGUCGAUGAGUAUUAUCCAAACAAGUUCAUCCAGAGAGAUGACACUGACCGCUUCUACGUCCUCAACACACUCUUCAACCUCUCAGAGACGUAUCUUUAUGCGUGCCUGGUUGACUUCUUCACCAAAAGCACCAGAUAUAAAAAUUGCCAGAAAGGGUUCAAACACGGUGACUUGUUCAUGUCACACAGAAGCAUGUUUCAGGACGUGAGGGAUGCCAUGGAUCACCUUCACGACACCGGCACGCUGAAGGAAAGAACACUGAAGAACCUGGACAUGUAUGUGAUUAAAGAUCCACGUCUUCCCGUGUUUCUGAGCCGCAUCAAAGAGUUUGCCAAAGUGUUUCUGGCCACCAACAGCGACUUCAAUUACACCGAGGCGAUUAUGAAAUACUUACUGGACUUUCCGUCUGGCUCUAAGAACCCCAAGAAACCGUGGCGCUCCUACUUUGAUCUGGUGGUGGUGGACACGAGGAAGCCCAUGUUCUUCGCAGGGGGGACAGUGUUACGACAGGUAGACACGGACACGGGGAAGCUGCGUAUCGGCACAUACACUGGAGAGCUUCAGCAUGGGACGGUGUACUCAGGAGGAUCGUCUGAUAUCGUGUGUGAUUUGCUGGAUGUUAAGGGGAAAGACAUCCUCUAUGUGGGGGAUCACAUCUUUGGCGAUAUCCUCAAGUCAAAGAAACGUCAAGGCUGGAAGACGUUCCUGGUGGUUCCUGAGCUUGUGAAGGAGCUGCACGUUUGGGCCGACAAAGCCAGCAUGUUUGAGGAGUUAAAACAUCUUGACAUCUUCCUUGCAGAAUUAUAUCAGCAUUUAGACAGUGGAAAUCAAGAGUGCCCAGAUAUCAGUGCGAUUCAGAAAAGGAUAAAGAUGGUGACGUAUGGCAUGGAUCUGUGCUAUGGGAAAAUGGGCAGUCUUUUACGCUGUGGCUCCACAAAAACCCUCUUUGCCAGUCAGUUACUGCGCUAUGCUGAUAUUUACUCAACCUGCUGCCUCAACCUCCUGAACUACCCCUUCAGCUUCCUCUUCAGAGCCCCUCUUGUCCUGCUGCCACACGAGGCCGCAGUGGAGUCUCAGAUGAAAGAGCAGAUCCCAGAGCUGUCCGAGCACAUGCUCAGAUCCACCAGCAUCAAGCGGCAGUGUGAGUGUGACGGCAGUGACUGUGGACGAGAUGAUAAUUGUGCCCGAAAUAACCCAGCUACAUCUACAGAGACAUGAGGACUCAUUUUUUUUUCUUAACUGCUGUAAAUAUGAACAUUUUAUUUAGUGUGCAUGUUUCACUUUUACAGUUUCAGUUCCUGUGUAUUGUUUGGUUGAUUUAUUAGCUUGAGUGAUAUUCCACUUCUGGCCGAUGAUUGUGAUUGAACAGAACUUUUUCUGUGAUGUUACUGAUGCAUCCCAAGCUUUUGUGUUGUUUU